CCAUAGCUCAAGCUUACCUCAAGAGCUAAUUCCGAAUCAUAGUUGUUUUGGUAGUCAGCAAGCUGCACAAACAGUUGGUGGGUUUGACGAAGUAGGCCAGUGAUCAGCGCAGUGCGGGGUAGCUCCUCGCCUCUCGGUUCCAUCACCGACCCGCGCUGUGACCCCUCCAAAGUCACCUCUCUGCCCUUUACAACCAUCCAUAAUCUUUUUUGUUAGUCAAUUGACUGCUAGCCAGUCUCUAUAGAUCAUAUCAUAUUCAACCGUACAAUAUCUUAUCCGUCAAGAACUCAGCACAACUUGCAAUAAUGGCAUCCAAGGAGCUCCCAGCACGCCUGAAGGAAAGUAUCGAUAGCACCAAGGUCGAGUACCGCCAGCUCGGAAAGUCCGGAUUGCGUGUUUCAGUUCCCAUCUUUGGCUGCAUGAGCUUUGGAGACUCUCAGUCCAUCGAUUGGGCUCUGAAUGAGGACGAGGCACUUCCGCUUCUGAAGGCGGCUUACGAUCGAGGGUUGAAUACUUGGGAUACUGCCAACGCGUACUCGAAUGGCGCAUCCGAGCGGACGAUUGCCAAGGCCCUGAAGAAAUACAACAUCCCCCGCGAGAAGGUGGUCAUUUUGACCAAGUGUUUCUUUGCUGUCGGUGAAGAGCCUGAGACUCGUCACUUCAACUACCGCGAGGAGAUCAACAAAUCGAAGGAUUACCAAAACCAAUGGGGUUUGUCCAGAGCUUCUAUCUUCAAUCAGGUAGAGGCAUCGUUGAAGAGACUGGACACUCCGUACAUCGACCUUCUCCAGAUCCACAGAUUCGACCCCAGGACACCCGUAGAAGAGACGAUGAAGGCGCUGCAUGACUUGGUGCAGUCGGGGAAAGUUCGGUACAUCGGUGCCAGCAGCAUGUGGGGUACUCAAUUUGCCCAGAUGCAGUUCACUGCUGAGAGGAAUGGCUGGACGAAGUUCGUGAGCAUGCAGAAUCACUACAAUCUGCUGUAUCGUGAAGAAGAAAGGGAGAUGAACCGAUUCUGUAAUGACACUGGAGUCGGACUCAUUCCGUGGGCUCCUCUUUGCCGUGGUCAUCUAGCCCGACCCCCGAAGGACUUUGGCUCCACUUCACGCAGCAAGACCGAGAAGGAGGGUCAGCCCGGAAGCCAUGGAACGGUGGAGCCGGAUCUCACCAUCAUCAAGCGAGUCCAGGAGAUCGCCGAGAAGCGGGACUGGCCCAUGUCCCACGUGGCUCUUGCAUGGAUCAACAAACGAAUCACGAGCCCCAUCAUUGGCUUCAGUAGCGUUGAGAGAAUUGAUCAAGCAAUCACUGCCGACGGCAAGGUCUUGACCGAUGAGGAGGAGAAGUACCUUGAAGAAUUGUACCAACCCAAGGCCAUCUCGGGGCAUGCGUAAGCUGGCUGCGGGGAAGGAUCGAUCUAGCCUUUGAGCAAUAAUAAAGUAGAACCAAUCGGAUCUUUCUUCAAGCCUUUUCCGAAUGAGUCUACAUAGCAUCAGAAGUGCACAAUUUUGGUCAGCAUCUUCCUGGAAGUUGGCAAUAA